GCUCACCUGAACGGGGUGCUGAAGGCUGUGGAGACGCUCAACGCUCUACGGGAGUCGGAUGCUCCGUCGGAUCCCGGCGCGAGUAGGAAGGAGAAGGUCUCCUGUUGCGCGAUCAUCGUCGAGGGCGUAUGCUUGCCAACUGUCAGGCAGAACCCCAAGUUCCCACAGAUUCUAAGUGCCACCAUCGAAACGCUGCUGGCACUCUGCAACGAUGAGGAAUCCGACGUCAGGAUGGUCGCGGACGAGUCUCUUAACAAGAUUAUAAGGGCGAUGGUCGACAGUAACGUCGUUAAGAUCCAGAUAGAGCUUUACAAUGAGAUAAAAAGAAACGGACCUGCGCGCAUACUGAGGGCUGCGCUUUGGAGAUUUGGCCUGCUGAGUCACAUGAUACGCUCUUUGAGGGGUAAAGCUUACGUGGCAAAUCUGAUCCCGUGUAUAGUGAUCAUCGCGCAUCGGUCGGAGGAUACUGUGAUUGAAACAUUAUCGCAGUCGUUACCAUUAAUUUUCAGAGUAUUAGGACCAUUUAUGACAGACAAGGAUGUCAAGAAUUUACUGAGGGCGUUCUUUGAAAAUAUCUCUUCUCCUCAAGCAGCUUUUUGUAGGGCGGCAGCUAAUAUGAUUCUGACAACGUGCAUAAAUUGCAGGAAGCCACAGUUCUUUUUAAAUUAUGUGAUGGAUUAUACGUUAGAUAUAAUAACGUCAGGAAGAAACGCCGAUGAUCAUUCCUCUACUGUUAUAGGCGUCUUUGGAUGCCUGAGAGUGAUUUUACCUUACAUAUGUAAACCCUCGGAGCCCCAAAAUAGCGAGACACAACAGAUAGAUAACUUGUUACACAUUUAUGAAUUGUGUUUGUACUAUACAAAAUGGCAUUCUGAUCAUAAUGUCAUAAAUGCAGCUUUAGAGACUUUGGCGCAACUCCUGAAAAUGCCGUCAAAGCCGUUGGUGUCUGUUUUAUUGUCUUCAAAGGAUAUAACGCAAAGCAGAAUAAUGUCGAAUCAAAAUGCAUGCCUUCCAUCGCUGGGUCACAUGAGCAUUUCCAGCGCAAGUACUGCCCAUGGCGGAAAUUCGGAUUCCAUUUUAAACUUGCACGAGCCUGAUAUUCCGGAAAUUACUCCAAAUGCAGAGUGGAUCGCAGAUACGGAAACGACAUUAAAACGUGUAAUCCUCAAAAGCAGAUCGAGUGUACGAGCGACAUGACGGAGACGAAAGAAAAGAUGUUAGAGAGUUAUUGUCAUCUGCAAAUCGAAAUCACUGACAACGAGAUUGCGGAAGAAGGUAGCGAUGCCGAAAGUGAGAUCGAAAAGUCCGAAAAAGCGCCGUAUCCAAUCCUGCAAAGUGAACACUCGAAGGAGGAAGAUUACUCCGAAUAGACUAAGAGACUGUGAACGGAUUACUGAAGUGCUAUUUCGAUAUAUGCCCGGAAACCAAUUAUACCUAUGAAACCGAUGGUUAUUGUUUUGCUAGUACGAGCCUGAAAAACCACGUCAUUACGUAUGCACGGAGUAUCGUCGAGCGGCGAUGACGCAACGUGAGUUACCUAGAAAAUGGCCUUGACGAUAACAUUACCAAAUGGGCAGUCCAUAAACGUCAACAGUAGACCGGCUUCAUAUAUUCAUAUUCCUCAUCAACGCAAUGCGAGGCUCUGCAAGAUUCACGAAACCUAAUUUUAUACCCGUACUGUCGUCAUCUAUAAAAUACUGUCGUUUCUAUUACCCGUAAUGUCAUUAUCUAAAGUAAUUUCUGCGUGGCCAGGUUACUUUAUAUGGUUUUUUAAAUGAUUAUUUGAUUUAUUGAAACCGUAUUGCAUAAUCUAUUAGUUACAUUCGCUAAAUGUAUGUAGUAGUAGUAGGAAAGUGAGUGAUUCCACUGGGGCCCCCGACGGCACCUAGAUCUUACUGAUCCUUUGUGCCUCCCCACUCUUUUAAACGAAUGUAAGAUUUACAUGGAUAUUAAAUACAUGUAU